GAGCGACCUCACCGAUCAUGAACCCUGAAUACGACUACCUGUUCAAACUUCUUCUGAUUGGUGACUCGGGAGUUGGAAAGUCAUGUCUGCUGCUACGCUUCUCGGAUGACACCUACACCGAGAGCUACAUCUCCACCAUCGGAGUCGACUUCAAGAUCAGAACCAUCGACAUGGACGGGAAGACGGUGAAGCUGCAAAUCUGGGACACAGCCGGGCAGGAGCGGUUUCGAACCAUCACCUCCAGCUACUACAGAGGCGCUCACGGCAUCAUCAUCGUCUAUGACGUCACUGAGCAGGAGUCCUUUAACAACGUCAGGCAGUGGUUGGACGAGAUCGAUCGCUACGCCUGUGAAAACGUCUCCAGGCUGCUGGUGGGAAACAAGUCCGACCUCGUCAGCAAGAAAGUGGUGGACGCUGCCACUGGUCAGGAGCUGGCGUCGUCCCUGAAGAUUCGCUUCCUGGAGACGAGCGCUAAGAGCUCGGACAACGUGGAGAAGUCUUUCCUCACAAUGGCCUCGGAGAUCCACCAGCGCCUGGCCAGUGAGGGGGCGGGUCUGCAGGGCCAGACCACACAGGCCAAGGCCCAGGGCACCAAGAUCAACAGCGCCCCCGUGUGGCUGGGAGGAGACAAACAGACGCCGGAGGCCGCUAACUGCUGCUGAGCAGGAAACAUCUGCCCUGAUGUGGCUGCUCAGAGAGAGGUUCAAACACAGGCACUGGUUUAGUGUUUAAACUCACAAUCACAUUAUGUCAGAACUUUGACAAGUUUGCUAUU